AUGUCUUUGACCCCGUCCUCCCUCGUUUACCUCGAGGGCGAGCGCAACAUUGAUGACUGGGAGCAAGGACUCGAGGCUGAACUCGACUGCCUUGGCCUCACCGAUUACAUCUUUGGCACCGUCGUUGAGCCCGACCAAGUCGCCAAACCAGAUGCCCAUAAGACCUGGUUUACCCAGCGCGCCAACGCCAUGAAGAUCCUGUUGGCGACUCUCAAGAACCAGGCUGUCAUCACCACCCUCACGAUCAACGGCUGGGACAGAAAGAACAAGGAUCCCAAGGUCUUGUAUGACCUUAUCCAGUCUUGCAUUGCCCGUGUCACCAACGAAGCUCGUAGCGAAGUUCUCGCCGAGUUCUUGGCCAUCAAGCGUGCCAACUUCGACACCAUGGCUUCCUUUCUUAACCGCUACACCCUCCUGCGCAAGCGCGUUCAAGAUGCAAAGUUCGAGAUGACUGACGACUUCGAGGUUACCCUUCUCUUCAACGCUGUUAAGCAUCACUACCCUGUUGACGCCAGACACUGGGCUGCCUCCCUCGAGGACAAGACCCUUACAGUCGGUGGUCUACUGGCCAAGCUUAGCAACAUCGGUAACGCAGAAUCACGUACCUCCAGCAUCAACGUCAACAUUCAGAUGUCGACCAACGGUAACAGCAACAGCAAUACUGGCGGUGGCUCAUCAGACAAUAAAGGCAGCAAGAAGGAGGACAAGAGAGUCGACUGCCCCAAGUGCAACAAGAAGAUGUAUCCCUCCCAGAAGCACAUGGCUUGCGGUCAUCACGUUACAGCCAAGGCAGAUAUCUGCUGGUUCUGCAACCCCGACAAGGCUCCCGAUACCUGGAGGCCCAAGAAGGAUGCCAUCGCGAAGAAGGCUGGCACUUCUGGCACUGCUGCUGGCACCAGCGCUUUGGGCAACAAUGCCUCUACCAACCUUACUACCCCGGCUACCGCUGCCCCCAACUCUGCCUUGUUGUAUGGAGGUGGACUGUUCAUGGGCAUGAGCGGUAUUGGCGCUGGCAGUAUGGAUUUUUGCUAG